AUGUCUGGCCGCAAGCUGGGAGGCGGCCGCAUCUUGGGCAGCGGGAAAGGCCUCGCCCCUCCCACGCCUCCAGCUGUCCAAGGCCAUCGACGAACACCGAGCCCCUUUGCUCCCUCCGAAAGCACUCUCUCGCUCAAUUCAUCCUCGGCUUCCCCUCCCGUCUCGAGCCCUCUACCCGACUUCUCCCAGGACCUGACGUCAAACAUCAGCGUUGGCGGCCCCUCGAGGUCGGCCACCGCGAGCUCCUCCAAGCUCGUCUGCCCAAUAUGCGACGAGGAAAUGUUGACGCUGCUUCAACUCAACAGACACAUCGACGACAACCACCAAGAACUGCCCGAAGUAGAACAAGACGAAGUGAGGACCUGGUUCGACAAGCAGGUCCUCAAAGCAAAGAAGUUCCAACCCCUCUCUAUAAUCAACCAAAAGCUCAGAGGCCUCGAUGUCUUCGAAUCCAACGAGUCUAUGCCGACCGCCCCGCCUACCACGGCCAGGCUCGUCGAGGGUCCCAUCGACCCAGAUGAGCUCAUCACCCGAUCCCACUGGCAGCGUCAAACCAGCAACGACCGAUGCACCGAUCCAACAUGCGCAAAGGGCCUCGGGGCCGUCAACGGCAGCAUCAACUGCAGGAAGUGCGGGAGGCUGUUCUGUGAGGUGCACACCAUGUACCAAAUGAGGCUAUCGCGGUCGGCCCAACACGACCCCGUGCGGGGAUACUGGGUCAGAGUGUGCGAGACGUGCUACAAGUCGAGGGACGGCUACAAUGACCACAACGGCGUCUUGAUUGACCACACAUCGGCUUUUGCGGACAUGCGACGAAAGAGAGUGGAGAGGCAAAAUCUGGAGGUGGCCCGACUGGAGAAGCGUUUGACGAAGCUUACGCAGCUGCUUGCGAAUGCGCCCGAAGAGGUCACCACCAACGGCGGAAACCUGCUCUCCCCAGUAGCCACCCUGACAGGCCAAAAAAGCCAAAGGAAAUUAUUGGAGCAAUCGGUGGUUACCUGGGAGGACGACGCGGCCGUCUCACAAUGCCCAUUUUGUCAACAAGAAUUCGGAUCGUGGACCUUCAGGCGGCAUCACUGCCGGAUAUGCGGGAGGGUGGUCUGCGCCGAUCCGCUGACGGGCUGCUCGAGCGAAGUGGGCUUGAGCGUAGCCAAUCCUACAAAUCCCGCCACGGAGAAGCCUCCGACGGCGGCGCAGCCCGGCCAGAUGAGCGUGGACGUUCGCAUGUGUCGCGACUGCAACCACACCAUCUUCUCAAAACGAGACUUCGCCGCGACAUUACUGCACAAACCUCCAGACCAACGCGCCUACGAGACGCUGCGUCAAUUCGAGCGCGGCAUCCGCCAGCUCAUGCCUAUUUUCCAGCGCACGCUGCUCGCCCUGCAACCAGAGACCGAAGACGGCUCCGGGGUCUCAAAACCGCCGCCGACUCACGCGCAGAUACAAGAAGCCUCCAAGAUUCGAAAACGACUCACCGAUGCCUUCACCAAGUACGAUCUGGCGGCGCGCCGUCUCCGCGACAUGAAGACGACGUCAAAGCAACAAAAAGUUCUACAGCAGAACGUCUACCAGGCGGCAUCCACCUUCCUCCACACCCACAUGCUCACCCUCAAAUCCGUCCCUCAAAUCCUGCGCUCCCGCUCCUCGCACUCGUCGCGCCUCCUCGCCCUGCAGUCCGGCAGCGCCAACGGCUCCUCGUCGUCCCUCCACCUCUCGCCCCUCCGCAACGGGGAGCUCGCGGAGUUCGAGACGGCGAGCCAGGCCAGCGAGACCAGCACCGCCGUGUCGCAGCUCGAGACGGAGGAGAAGGAGGCGAGGGAACGCCUCGUCGUGCUGGAGGAGCAGCGCUUCAUGGUGCAGCAGAUGGUGGACUCGGCGCGCGGCGCGAGGCGGUUCGAGGAGGUCAGCGCGCUCACGCGCAACGUCGAGGAGCUCGAGAGGGAGAUCGAAAAGGCCAAGAAGCUCGUCGGCGGCGUCGAGCAGCGGUGGGAGGGGCUCUACGCGUCCGGUCUGGCGCGGUGA